AUGCAAUGCUCCGCUGCACUGGCCCGACUUCGUCCUAAAUUGAUACCCAAGGCAUUACUUGUGCCUACCGCAGCUAUGUCUACCGCCGCCGAGCCCGUCCGAAAAGCUAUGCCCUCCGCAUUGACUUUUGACCAUCAUGCGAAAUGUUCGACUACGAAAGCUCGCGCGAGUACCCUCCACCUCCCCCACGGCUCCGUCCCACUGCCGAUCUUCAUGCCUGUUGCAACGCAAGGGUCCCUCAAAGGCUUGACAUAUGACCAGCUGCGCGAAACAGGGUGUAUGCUCUGCUUGAACAAUACAUAUCAUCUGGGCUUGAAACCUGGGCAGGAGGUUCUGGAUGCUGUGGGUGGUGCGCAUAAAUUCCAAGGAUGGGAUCGUAAUCUUUUGACCGAUAGUGGCGGUUUCCAAAUGGUUUCGCUGCUUAAGCUUGCUACUGUUACCGAGGAAGGCGUGCGCUUCCUUAGUCCUCAUGAUGGAUCGCCUAUGUAUGACUCCCUGCCAACCAGUGCUUCCGUCCUGCAUGUUGGAAAUUUGAGCCAAUGGCUGACAACUCUUAGGCUCCUCACUCCUGAACAUUCUAUCUCCCUCCAAAAUUCUAUCGGCUCGGAUAUCAUCAUGCAGCUAGACGAUGUCAUCGCAACCACAUCGCCAGAUCAUGCGCGAAUCAAGGAAGCUAUGGACCGCUCGGUUCGUUGGUUAGAUCGGUGCAUUGAUGCGCAUAAAUACCCUGAGAGGCAGAACUUGUUCUGCAUUAUUCAGGGUGGCUUAGACUUGGAACUUCGAAAGCAAUGCUGCGAGGAAAUGGUGGCUCGAGAUACCCCAGGAAUUGCGAUUGGAGGUUUGUCUGGAGGUGAAGCCAAGGAGGAAUUUUGCAAGGUGGUCGACACAUGCACAGGCCUGCUGCCUGAGAAUAAACCCCGAUAUGUGAUGGGCGUGGGAUACCCCGAAGACAUCGUCGUUGCAGUCGCUCUUGGUGCAGACAUGUUCGAUUGCGUGUGGCCCACACGCACAGCGCGUUUUGGCAAUGCCAUCGUGGAUGCAGGCACCCUGAAUCUUCGCCAUCAAAAAUAUGCAACUGACUUUUCGCCUAUCGACGAAAAUUGUGACUGUGUUUGCUGUCGCCCCACGAAUCAAGGUGGUCUCGGUGUCACCAAGGCAUAUAUCCACCAUAUUACCGCAAAGGAGACCGUCGGUGCUCAUCUGCUCACUCAACACAAUGUCCAUUACAUGUUGAAAUUGAUGGGAUCUAUACGCCAAGCUAUUAUGGAAGACCGGUAUCCGGCUUUCCUUCGCAAGUUCUUCUCUAAUAUCUACGCCGGAGAUAAGACCAAGUAUCCCGACUGGGCUGUGGGUGCUCUCCGUGGCGUUGGAAUGGAUCUCUUGGAGGAUUAG